AUGAGCAACUCCCCGGUCGUCACUGUCGCUACCCGCGGUCGCUGUGAGUAUCCGCCUGCCACCUCCCCGGACUCGACGAUAGUGACUGAGCUUGCAGUGGUCGAGGCUAUAGCUACCGACGCGCCGGGCCCGCCGCCUGUCUCCUCGACGAUUCUGACCGAGCUUGUGGUUGCAGAAGCUCCUGGCGUGCCGUCGGCCGCUGAAGGGAUCACCUCCUCCGAUGAUCUCGAGGAGUUAUAUGCCAGUCUUCAUGGAGAAGGAGGCAGCUCGGCCUCGGCCGCUUUGGACGAGGACUCCAGGGCCGUCAUUGAAAGGCUCUAG